AUGGAAACUGAUUGGACCCCGGAUAUCGUGAUAGGCGUGGACUUUGGCAUGACCUGUACGGGUAGGUUUCGCCUUGUUUUUUGCCUGAUUUCUAUGCUACUAUCUUACCAAAUACUUGAACUUCCCGGGCUAGGAGUUUCCUAUUCAUUUGCUCCAGACUGGCCAACUCCGAAACCCCUCCAGCAUUGGCCAGGAUUAAUAGGCAGGGAAAUUGCCAAUAAAGUUCCCACGCAAUUGAAAUACCUGUCUUCCACACCGACAGUAGAAAGCUGGGGCUUCAGAUGCUCUUUGGAUUCUGGGGACCUCAGUGAAAACGUGAAGAAACACUUCAAACUUCACUUGGACCCCCAGUUCCUGGACAAACGGCCAGAUGCUCCCAGCCAUCAUGAAGCAAUGACGUAUUUCAAAGACUACAUCCAGCUAAUUUAUCGCUAUACGGUUUCGUACAUGGCGAAUAAAUUUCCGCGUUUUUUCUCGUGCCGAGUUGAAUUCAUCUUCAGCGUUCCAACUACAUGGAAAGACCCACGCAUGGUUACAGAAUUUAAGAAUUCAAUAACCCUAGACUCACCAUAUCACCAAGCUAUGAUAGGGCUGUCAGAGGCAGAGGCAGCUGCAGUAUAUGCCAGUGGGAAUAAUUACCAGCAAGGCGAUGUAGUUCUCGUGUGUGAUGCUGGAGGAGGCACAACGGACGUUAAUAUUUUAAAGGUUGUUUCGCCGGCAAAAGAGUCCACUUCUUUCAUACCACUUGGAGUUGUAGAAGGAAAGCCAGUUGGCUCCGUGAUGAUCGAUAUAGGAGCUCACCAACUUAUAAGUAGUAAGCUGGAACAGAUGCGAGACACUUUGAAAGGAUCUCCACAGGAGAUUGCCUCGCAGGCGAUGAGGACUGGCCACUUUGAGCGGUUCAAAUGCGCCUUUGGCACCCAGGAAACAGAUUCCCUUUCGCUAAAGCUUGAUUGUCCAUCGCUAUCCCCGGAAAUAUGCUUCCCAGAAAUGGGGAUAGCAAACGGGCAAGUCAUUAUAAGUCGAGAUGAGAUCCAAAAGUUUUUCGAUCUCAUAACAGACGAAAUAUAUAAUUUGCUGGAUGGGCAAAUUCGACGGCUACAAUUAAGCUGCCCACUAGAGCACAUAUCUUUCGUCGUGUUGUCUGGCGGCUUGGGGAGCUCAGCUUAUUUGACGAAAAGACUCAAGGACAGAUACGAGAACCUAGCGAUAGUCCCUAACACCAUCGAAAUUUUGACAGUCGACGAACCGCAGCUGGCCGUCGCUCAAGGCCAGGUCAUGAACCGAAUCCGACAGUUGAAAGAAGACUGGAGUACAAUACCAAUGGUUUGCAGUCGAGUCAGCUACGGCAUCAUAUGCGACAAGCUGUAUGAUCCUACACGCCAUCUGGGCGAAUCUAUACGAUACGACGAGCGUGACAAGUCAACAUAUGCGGUGGAACAAAUUGAUUGGCUUGUUAUUCAGGGGAGUCCCAUUCCGCGAGUAGGAAUCUCCAAAGAAUUUAAACGAAAGGUCUACCCCAGGGACAUGGCAAAACCGUGGAAGGCUCAGAUCAUAAUGUCAACCCUGUCACCGGAACAAUUACCUUCGAGUAUGACACACGGCCAAGGGGCAAGACUAAUCUGCAAUAUUGAGGUCGAUAUGCGCAGCGUGGAAAAAAAGCCAAAGAACCAGCAUUGGUAUAACAUGCAACCGACAUACUUUCUGGCGAAUAUAAUUGUGAAGGUCAUAGUUGGGCCAAUGGACCUUCAUUUCGAACUAUGGAAUAAAAUUGGAAGGAAAAUUCAAACUACAAGACAGAGUCCCAUUACCGUGAAAUGGGUGCCGAUGAUCAAAGAGAAGGAUGAUGACGUAAAGGAACUCGAGGGGAGUUCAGCAAUCUUGGAGACUUCUAAAGCACAAGUGCAUGAGCUUGCUUCUAAAGCACAGGUGCAUGAGCUUGCAGGUUAG